CCACUGCUUUCUAAAGAUCAGCUUUCCGGUUUUUUUGUUUGUUUUUCUCGUUUUGUAAUAAUAAUUCUGAUAAAUAACUUUCCAAAUUGAUAUUAGACCAUCUCUGCAAUGGAAAUGAAUUGCCUACGGAAGUGUGGAUAAAUAAUGCGAGAGCCGCCACGAAAGAAGAGAAAGAGUGAAAGAGAGUGAACGAAAUCAAUGGCGAUGCGAUGCUCUACACAAAUUAACAUAAUUAAGUUGCCUCUGCUCGUCGCUCAAUGAAAGACGAAACUAAAUCAACACCACAAGCAGCGCAUAGCCAAUGCAAAUGAGUCCAAAGACCAACAACAUCCCAUGGAGGCGACAUCACUCACAGAGCCAAAACCGAAAUGUGCAGCAUCACAGCAGCAGCAGAAACAAAUUUGAAGCCAACAAUUGCAUAAUAAACCCAUGAAGACAGCAGCAAGGAGAGGGCCACAGAGAGACGACCUCAUUUAUGCGAAAAUCGCAAUCGUUGAUCAAAGAUUCACAGAGACAUUAUGGAUCUUUGGGUAAUACUCCAUCAGGUGUGCCUCCAUGUGCUGGAUGUGUUCAAGAUUUACUUAAAGUUUGCAUUCCUCACGCUGAUUGUCUACCUGGUGGCCGAGUGGUACAUCCUACGCUAUGGCGCGGAGCUGGAGGCCCAACUGGAUGCACAUCUGGUGGAAGGUGCCGAAGUGCCCGAAGACACCGCCGAGCGGGCUGCAUCGAAUAGCACUUUGGGCAAGGUGUUUCGAUUUGUGGUGAACUUUUUUAUCCUAUAAACAGCCACUGAAUCGACUGGGGAUAAAGAGACAGAACCCAAGGUCAAUCACGAAGUUGUAUCGAAGUAUCGCGGAAUUGUAAUUCGAUUCAGCAGGCAGGCAGGCAGGCAGGCAGGCAACAUCUCAAGGCUCCGCCCCGUUAAGAGAAUGUACAAAAACUUAUGAUACAAUCGAACCAGUUGCAAAGCAAACAACAGCAA